AUGCUCCAAACUCAGCCUGAGCUGCAGGAUGCCCGGCGCGAUCUCCAGCCCGGCGCCUCCUUCACCAACGCCCGGGCACGGAAGGGAAGGCGGUACAAGUUCCCGGAGGUUACCAUUGAUAGAAAGUCAAGAACAAGAUGGAAGCCCAUGGUGAGAGAUGCUUUCAAAGACAUUUCCAUAUACUUCUCCAAGGAAGAAUGGACAGAGAUGGGAGACUGGGAGAAAAUCCGAUACAGAAAUGUGAAAAGGAAUUAUGAAGCACUGAUUAUUAUAGGUCUCAGAGCCCCUCGACCAGCUUUCAUGUGUCACCGCAGGCAGGCCAUCAAACCCCCAGUUGAUGACACUGAGGAUUCCAGUGAAGAAUGGACGCCAAGGCAGCAAGUCAAACCUUCUUGGAUGACAUUCAGAGUGGAUCAGAGUAAACAACAGAAGGGAAUCCACAAGGUGCCAUUAAGUAAGGAACCUAGCUUGAAGGAAUUAUCAGAAGCAGCAAAGUUGCUAAACACAAGUGGCUCAGAGCAGGGCCAGAAACCGUCCCUUUCUGGAGAAGCAAGUACCUCUGGACAUUGCUCUAGACGAAAAUUGCUCAGGAGAAGGGAGAUUGAAGUGAAGAUGUAUAGUCUACGAGAAAGAAAGGGCUUUGCAUACCAAGAAGUCAGCGAGCCCCAGGAUGAUGACUACCUCUAUUGUGAGAAGUGUCAGAAUUUCUUCAUUGACAGCUGUGCUGCUCAUGGGCCCGCUACAUUUGUAAAGGACAAUGCAGUGGACAAGGGGCAUCCCAACCGCUCAGCCCUCACUCUGCCCCCUGGUCUGAGAAUCAGACCAUCGAGCAUCCCUGAGGCUGGGCUUGGAGUAUGGAAUGAAGCAUCUGAUCUACCACUGGGUAUACACUUUGGCCCUUAUGAGGGCCAGAUCACUGAAGAUGAAGAGGCAGCCAACAGUGGAUACUCCUGGCUGAUGACCAAAGGGAGAAACUGCUACAAGUAUGUGGAUGGAACGGAUAACUCUUGGGCCAACUGGAUGAGGUAUGUGAACUGUGCUAGGGAUGAGGAGGAGCAGAACCUGGUGGCUUUUCAAUAUCACAGGCAGAUCUUCUACCGAACCUGCUGGGUCAUCAAGCCAGGCUGUGAACUGCUGGUCUGGUACGGGGACGAGUAUGGCCAGAAGCUGGGCAUCAAGUGGAGAAGCAAGUGGAAGAGCGAGCUCUCAGCAGGGAAAGCAGAACCAAAGCCAGAGAUCCAUCAAUGUCCCUCCUGCUCUCUGGCCGUCUCCAAUCAGAAGUUCUUCAGCCAACAUGCAGGCAGUACUGACAAUAACCUGGACAACAAGACCUUCAUCCGGCCCUUCCUGAGAAGAGACUCUGGGGUCAGCAUCUACAGGAACCGAACAUAG